CAGGGCGGGGGUAGUUGAAAUAAAGCGCCACCCCAACCUCUCCAACCUCCGACCUUCCCCUGUCAAAUCUUGAUCUGCUCAUCUCUCUCUCUCUCUCUCUUCUUCGAUUCAGUUCAAAACCCACACUCAUUGCUCGCUCCUUAUCAAGGAGUCGCCUUGCGAAUUUGCAAAAGCCGGUGUUGAUCUCUUCUCUCUCUCUCUCUCUCUCUCUGCUUCCCCCUGUUUUGGCAAGAUUCGGGCAUGGGUUCAGAGAGCGAGGUCUUCACCUUGGCCGAGGUGUCGGAGCACAGCAUCCCCAAGGACUGUUGGCUUGUCAUCGAGGGCAAGGUGUACGACGUGACUAAGUUUUUGGAGGACCAUCCGGGCGGUGAUGAAGUGUUGCUGUCCGCCACAGGGAAGGAUGCCACUGAUGAUUUCGAGGAUGUUGGACACAGUAGCACCGCUAGAGCAAUGAUGGCCGAGUUCUGCGUCGGUGAGAUCGAUACCUCAACUGUUCCCACCGAGACCAAGUACACUCCUCCCAAGCAGCCUCACUACAACCAGGACAAAACUCCCGAGUUCAUCAUAAAGCUUCUUCAGUUUCUAGUCCCUCUCCUAAUCUUGGGUUUGGCUGUUGGCGUCCGUUUCUAUACAAAUUCAACUUAACGUUCAAGAGCUGUUGAAGGAAGUUGUACUUUAAGAAUAAGUCAUAUUUAUCAUCAUUCCUUCCUCAAAUUUUCCCCUUCUUUGAUGGUCAUGGUUGUGAUUUAAUGUCCUCGAUUCCCUCUUUGCAAGUUCUUUCUGAAGGAUCAUAGAUGAGUAUUGUACUGCAAUGAAGAACUAUAUUUUCCUCA